CAUUGAGUUUCUUUCAAAAAAUUAUUGUUUGUUUUUAAUUAUGUAUUUUUAUUCUCAGAGUUAUGUCGGUGCCCGCUUUGAGGGCAGUUGUUCGACGUACCAGCAGAUAUCCCCGAAGUCAUGAAAUUCCAGCUCAAACUAGAAAUCUCUAUCUGGCCAUAAUCAUAAGCAAUUAUUGUGCAUUUUGUUUUGGCAUCUGUGUGGGCUGGAGUAAUCCAGCCGAGUGGCGAAUCUUAAAGCAUAAUAUCUACAAGUUUAAGCCAACCAGAGAGCAAUGGGAAUUAAUCUCCUCCUUCCUGCCAGUUGGAGUUCUUGUUUGCUGUCUACCGAUGGGAGCUUUAAUGAAAUAUCAAGGCUGCAAGUCUCUGAUGUACAUCCAAGGUAUAUGUGGUGCGGCUGUUUGUCAGGCGGUGCCUAUUUAUCUCAACGAGAUCUGCCAGCGGAAAUAUCGUGGUUUGGUUGGCAGUUUAUAUUAUGGAGCCAUUCUCUAUGGCAUCAUCUACAAUCACGUAUUGAUGGAGCACAUUCGAAUGCAGACCGUGCACAUUGUUAAUCUUGUAUUGGCUCUUCUAUUUGGAUUCCUCUGGAUUAUACCCGAUUCGCCUUUUUACUAUGCAAGUGUUCACAAAUCAAAGAAAGCUCGUUCAGCCUUGAUCUGGCUGCGUGGCAAGCAGCAUAAUGUUGAUGAUGAGCUAAAGACCAUGGUUGUCCUGGUAGAUAAUGAGUUGGAUCCCACUAAAGAUUGGUGGCAAAGCUUCAAGUAUUCAGUUCGAGUAUCAAUUAUCAUUCGAAGCACCGUGUUGAUGAUAAUACACUAUUUGGGUGGCGGGCUGAACGUCUUAAUGUACAUGGACAAUUUGCUAAAAGAACUUGCCGACAAGAAGUACUAUCUAACUUGUCUAUGGGUGCUAUGCUGCUCCAUGGUGCUUGGCCAUUUGAUUUGUCUCCUCUUAGUCGAUCGCAUUGGCCGACGUCCGCUUCUGAUGGUAUCAACGCUGAUUUUAAUCGUCUGCUCUUUGUAUCUCUGCUGUUGGUUCCGAUUGGCUGGCAACAAUUUUCAAACCAAGUUUGUAAUCUAUUUGUUCGUUGUGGCUUAUACUAUGGGCCUUGGACCAUUGGCUUGCCUUCUCAAUGUGGAACUCAUUCUGCCCACUGUUCGUCCUUAUGGCUGUGCUAUGUCGAAUCUGUUCGGUUGGCUCUCGGUUUUCUUUGUCAUCCAAUGGAUUUUCUAUCGCAACUAUGAGUGCAUCAUCUUUGAGUUUCUGGUCGUCAUCUUAUUGCUGUCAAUACUUUUCAUACUCAUCUUUCUGCCGGAAACAAAGCGUCUGUCAGCCACGGAGAUUCAAAGUAAAAUACACGCUAGCUGGAUGUCAUACAAUUCCAGUGAUGAAUCGUAACAAACUUUGAAUAGAAAUUUAAGCAAUUUUAUGUAUUGCAUCGUAGUAAUUAUUCUUAUUUCUGUAAUGCUCGACAAAGUUGCAAAGCCAGAGCUAAAGUAUAUUUGAUGCUGGAGCAAUAAAUUGGAGUUUGUAAA